GCAACGAGAUCAGUGACAUUUAAAGCCUGUGGAAGUUGAACGGUAGGCGACCUGAAGCCAGAACCUACGGUUUUAUUCCCAAAAGUAUGUAUUUAUGACGCACUGCCUUCUCAAAUCGGAUAAUAUAGGACACCGGGUGAGCGGCUGUGUUCCGUAGCUUCACCGCCAGCUGACUGCUGACAGCGAGCUAGCUGCUGCCGCCGAGCUGCUCGCUGCUGCUGCUGCUCUGCAGUCGUUCGCCGCGACCAUGAGUGAAGAUGACAAUUGCGCAUCGGCCAACAAAGACAGGGACUCGACUCUGUUGCUCACCAAAGACGGCCAGCGGUACUACGUGAGUAAGAGCGGCGUGGUCGACAGCAGGAAUGUGAUCACGCCGCACGAGCCGGACAACAACGCCUCCUCCUCCUACGACAUGGACGACCCCGACGAGGAGAGCGACGUGCUGGACACGUCGGACCCCAGAGACAGCGCCGCCAGCCCGGAGGAGCUCAACGACGAGGACACCUCGGAGGGCGACAGCGCGCCCAAACAGUGCACCUACGACGGCUGCACGGAGACCACGACGCAGGUGGCGAAGCAGAGGAAGCCCUGGAUGUGCAAGAAGCACCGCAACAAGAUGUACAAGGACAAGUACAAGAAGAAGAAGAGCGACCAGGCCAUGUCCACUGGAAAGCUCGACGAAAACUCGGAGGAGAGGCCGGUGUCUGUGAACAAACAGCGUCUGGGUGCCGUGGGUGACCGGCCAGCCAGACCCUCCCUGAUAGAGCAGGUCCUCAACCAGAAAAGACUGUCACUGCUGAGAAGUCCCGAGGUGAUCAGCUUCCUGCAGCAGCAGCAGCAGCUCCUCGCCACACAGAGCCGCAGCCAAUCACAGCAGCAGCAGUUCCCGGGCUGUUGACGUCGGCCCGUCGGUGUUUUACUUUGUAUUUUGGACAGAGAGCACUGAAGAGACACUGGCACGUCAUGCGUAACUGGAUGGUAACCGUGCACUGUCAACUUCCCCCCAGCAGGACGCAGAAGAAGAAACAAAUAACAUGGUAAUCAUAUUGGUUUUAUAAACUGGUUAUAUGGUUUUAAAGGUGUGUUGAGACUAGUGGACAGAACUAGGUGAACUAAUCCAAAUCCCCCUAAAGGCAUGAGUUUCUGAGCAUGUCUGGUGCUAUUGCUCUUCACUUUUACUUGUGAAUCGACUUUUUAUUUUAUUUCCCAUUCUUUGAGUUAGUCCCCUGUCUCGAUGUGAAAAUAAUAAUAAUACCGCAGGUAUUGGAUUUGCGAUUGUCUUGUCAAAGUGAUUCAGAUGUCGAAGCCUCAAUUUAACUGAAGCUUCCUGUGAGCUCAACUUGAGGUGUGUGUGUGUGUGUGUGUGUGUGUGUGCGUUGCAUGGAGCCCUGUUGUAGCUCAGACUUUCACGACUUGUCGUUAACCACAUUAACGGUAUAAAAAAAAGGAACACGCAUUGAGUUUGAUGGGAUUCAUAUUGAUGAUGCUCGCUAUGUUGUUGAACUGUCCCUAACUGUACGUGAUUCUUGUGUUUUUAAGUUGAAGUGUAUAUGCUGCUGUGCGUACGAGAGUAAAGUUCUUAUUAAGUUAA